AGUGUUCCGAAUUAUUUGAUUGAUCUGCGUUCAUUUAAUCCUGUUCUGAGUUGUCUUCGCAUAAAGCCACAUUUUGUGGAUAAACAAGAAUCGACCUACUGGGCGGAAGUAUAGGGCAUAAUUGAAAAUCUCACCCAACAAGAGAGGCUUAAUUAUUAUUAUUAUUAUUAAGGUACCUUUCUUUGAAUUGUUUUGUUCUAAUUAAGCCUGACCAUUUUCUAUUCACGAACUUUACCGUAAAUGCGUUAAUCACACUUCUACCAAAAGUCUGGAUAUCUUUCAUUUAUUAAAUAUAUUUUUGAUAUUGACUACAUCUGUAAUGUACUAUACAGACCAGGGUUUACAUAUUUGACCGCAUAUACUUAUUUAUUAACGCCUUUAAGUCCUGGAGGGAGUUUAGUUUGUUUUGCAAUUAUUGAAUCGGAAGUGGUAUGAGUCACGCCGAUAUUUAUACUAUUAGAAUUAGCCUAGCUAUCUAGUUAGCAAGCUAUACGUCGAUGUGUAACGUUUGAAAAAGGGCACUCGUGAAAAUUAGUGUUAUAUCGCGGAAAGAAUGUCGGAAAGGGCCGAUGAUGACGUCAGGGGGGAACAGCGCAAAGCGGCCAGGCAGCCAAAGCAGCAACAGCAGCAGUUCCAGCAGGGAGAAGGCUGUACAGCAAUGGCGACUGUAGGGGAGCGUAGAUCUCUGCCCAGUCCAGAAAUCAUGUUGGGACAGCCGUGGAGCAACUGGGUCGAUGCUGCUAAACUCCACGGGAACGACGGUGCAGAAUCAGAAGAAAGUUUGAAAGAGUGCGGAAAAAACCGAGAAGCUAUGAGGCUCUGUAGAGAUGAUAUGCCCAUAUUUGGCCAGUGCCCCGCACAGGAUGAUUUCUACCUGGUGAUGUGCAGCCACUGCAGCCAAGUAGUCAAGCCACAGGCCUUUCAAGCACACUAUGAGAGGAGACACGGCCCAAUCAGCAAGCCCGCCCUGGCCGGCACGUCGUCCUCCGCCUACCCCCUGCCCACGCUGUUGUCCCGGGGCAAGGGCAGCGGGGGCGGGAGCUCCGGGCUCGGGGGCGGGGCCGGGGGCGGGGGAGUGGGUCGCUCCGCCGCUGGGAACGGCGCGUCCUCCAACUCCAGAAUCCUAAAACCCAAAGAGAAGCUGCCUGUCCACGGAAGGCCCCAGUUCCCUAUCAAGGUGCCUCACAACAAAAUCUUGACUCCUGCGGUCACCAUGGAGAAGAUGCCCCUGAGGGUGGACGCGUCUGCCAAGCUGGUCCACGUCCCCACGUCCAGCACCACUGUGAGCUCGCCCAUGAAGCCCGGCCUUAACUGUCCCUCCAUACCAAAGGCGCCCCUGCUGGCCCCGGGACAGAUCCCCAACGGGAAAAGCCUCCCGUCCCUGGACAAGAAGCAGGAUGACAACGCCAGCACCAAGAGACAACUGCACAAGAGACCCUCUGAGCGGGAGUUCAAUCCUGAUAUCCACUGCGGGGUGGUGGACCUGGCGGCUCGGAAGCCAUGCACGCGCUCUCUCACGUGUAAGACACAUUCCUUAAGCCAGCGGAGGGCAGUGUUGGGUCGGAGGAAGCGCUUCGACACUCUGUUGGCGGAGCAUAAGAGCAAAGCCAGGGAGAAGGAACUGCUGCGUAGCUCGGAGUACCCCCAGCAGAACCCCGCUCUCAGGGACCCUCACCCGUCCCCCUCCCGCGUAAUGCAGGACCCCCACCAGGUCCCCCACGGCAACAGCACCGCUGCCGACGGCAAGCCUUCAGCACCCAGCAAACCCAAACCUCACAAUCUUGGUCUUCCACGAAUGAACAGCAGUUCCUCGCAUCCCAGUGGGAACCACCAGGGAGACCCCUCCCUGUUCCACGAGCUGCCCCACCACGCCGCGCCCACUGCGGACGGGGCGUCCCGCUUGUCCAGCGACGAGGGGGAGAAUGAGGAGAAGGAGGAGGUCCCAGACAAACUGGACUGCCACUAUUCAGCCCAUCACCCCCGACCCGCAGCCAUUUGUUCGUUUGGGAGUCGACUGUUUGGGAGAAGCUGCUAUGCGUUUGACCGACGUUGGGAUCGAGUUCGGUGCGUGCUCAACGCCAUGGUGGACAAGCACGUCAAUUCUCAGAUGUGGAAGAAAAUUCCCCCAGCCUCAGAGAUCUCCUCCUCCAAUGCGCAUCACAAGACAAGCACAAACUCCCUGCCCGCGUCCCACACCAACGCCAACGCCACGGGGUUCCUCAGCCCGACCUCCGCUGUGUCCUCGCCCUCCUACGCGCAGUCCCUGUCGUACGGGACGACGCUGAACGCCCGCGCCUCCCCGCUCAGCCCCGCCGAGCACCCAGCCUACAACUCACUGUCCAGACAAGUGUCUUCGUCGCCCCAGAUGCCUUCGGGCCACUCGGCCGUCCCCUCCCCCCUUUCCAGCAGGGGCCCCAAGGCCCGGCCCAGCAGCAAGCCCUUCAGGUCCCGCGAGACCCCCGUCCCCAUCGCCAACUCCAACAGCAGCGGCAGCAUCAGCAUGGGCAAGAAGAGGAAGAACAGCUCCCCGCUGCCCUCCCACGCCCCCUACUCCACCGAGUCGUCCUCCUCCUCCUCCUCAUCCUUGUCCUUGAAGAGAAACUGUGUGAUGAACUCGGGCGGCUCAGGGAGCGUGUUUCACCCGUCGCUCGCGUCCUCUUCCUCGUCCUCCUCCUCAUCUCACAGCGGCGUCCACAGCGUGGGGCUCAACUGCGCCCCCGGCAGGACGAACUCUCUCAGCCUCAAGCAGGACCAAUCAGGGAGGGGCCCCCCGUGCGGGACCCCGGCCGAGUCCAUCAAGCGCAUGAGCGUGGUGAUGAACAGCAGCGACUCCACGCUGUCCCUGGGGCCCUUCGUGCACCAGGCCGCCGAGCAGCCCGGCUUCUCGCACGGGCACGGCCAUGCUCCGCUGGACGGCCGGCUGGAGGGGAAGAGGCGCAAGGGCUCCCCCGGGUCCAGCGGCAUCAACAGCGGCGGCGCCGGAGGAGGAGGGGGCGGCCCGGGACCCGGUCGGCCCAAAAUGGCCAGGCCGCCCGUCGUCAACAACAUCCACGGCAAGCACGGCCGGGCCAUCCCAGGGACGCAAGGACUCCCCAACAACUCACUCAUACAACAGCCAAAGGCACGUCCCUGACAGUUGUAUGGGCCUCUCUGCACAGAACCGGACAAUGUAAGCAGAACAGUACCAGCUGUGUUACUCUGAACUGCACGAGGCCUUUUGUGUUAAUCUCAGCUUCCCAAGAUCCUCAGGGGUGGAGAUCCCACCGGACAGUCGGUGACAUCACGGAAAUUCCCCGAAGCCGUGCUGGCACAGGGGACACCGUGUACACGGGAAGGGGCGGGGGUUGGGGGGGGGGGGGGGUUGAUGGGUGGGGGUUGAUGCUCCUAUCAGUGUUACAGUGGACCGCUGGUCUGUGAGGUCUUCCUUUGGAGGACUCUGCUCAGUGACCUCACACAACGUUCUAUGGUACAGAUAAGGGCUGGUUCAUGCAGCGCUGCACCCGCAUCCAGAUGUCGCGCUGGGGAAAAUGACUUCAGUUGUUACCUUCGGUAAAACACGUGGGUUUCUACCAAUCUCUUCUUCGUAGUAUGGAUGCAAGUGCACAUUGCAUGUGUUCGUCAGGUCAGAUUCUGCUAAACUACUGGGGGAAAAAAACCUAAGGUAGUGGUAAGAAACUUGUCAGGAGUUCCCACAUUUCAUACACAAUCACUGACUUUUUUAUUUUUUAACUCUUAUCUUUUUAUCAUAACAUGGGCACAGAUGCUGUUUGUCCAAGAUCGCCAAGCUGUUUAGACUCGGUUAAUUGGGAGGUGUUUAAACCGUUGUGAAAGAUUGCGCUUGGUUUAGUCGUGUCUGAUGGGUGCCUGAGUAAGCGGAAAGUUGCCUGGGAUCCAUGCGGUUGGCAGCGUAGGGAGUAGUCCUUCAAAUCUCAAGAUUCAUCCAACAUGGUCCCUGGUGAUUCCUCAAACGUGGGCUUAUGCAAGGAGGGAAAUUGGAAGCUAUCACUGGCACUCGCAUUUCCUCUCUCUACGAAUGCAAUUAGACCUGUUUCAUGGUUUGGUGACUAGUGUGUUAAUUCCUUUGAAGACCAAAUCUUAACUGCUGUUAUCACAGAACAAUGUUAGGGGGAGAAUGACUCCUUUCCUCCAGAGGUUUAAAGGACAAGUCUGGUUAAAAUCUGUAUUCUUUUAUUUUGUUAAAUACGUAAUGUGUGGACAUAUCUUGUGCACAAACUAGCAAAAAAUUGGUGAAUCUAGAAGCAACCGGUCCGAUUAAAUGACCAUUAACCAGGGUGUAGAUAGUCUUCUGAGUAUUUAUAUGAAGGAAUUGACUGUGGGAACAAUUUUCUAUUGGAAAUGAGUAUCUUUUACAAUCGUCAUCACUGUAGACACUGGGAAGCAGUGUUGCAUCAUGGGAGGAGGGUAGGUUCUGGAGUUUGUGUAGCUUUGGCACCACACUUAAUUAAGUCUUUGAUACAUGUUAUAAAAUAUAUAAUAAGGUAGAUUCUAACUGGACUUGUCCUUUAAGUCAUUAGUUUUGGCAAACAUACUUUAACUUGGAUAAAGAAGCAAAUGCAUUGCACUUUGAUAAUUAGCACAAACACUAAUCAUGUGACAAGAGUAUAGAAUAACUGGAAUAAAUUAACUCGAUUUCCUUGAAUGAUAUGUUCAUAUGUUCAGCCGCUUCUGUGUAUUUAGGUCAUGAAAUACUGGAUGGAUUUUUUUUUCCUUUCCUUUUUUUAUUAAUGCAAAAUGAGCACCCACAUCACAAACUACAAGAGACUCCCAACUGUGAAUGGUACUGACCAAACCGAAAGCCACUAUUUAUAAGUAGAUAAAGAUUAUUUUUGUUCAUUUUUCCCUCUUCAACUGGCCAGAAGUGGUAGGCAUUUUAGAGGCAAUGCCCCUUGCCCUGAGCCCAACAUCACUACAGUUACCCUACACAUCUGGGUAUACUUGGCUUUACUAUACUUCCACUUUCCAGUGACAUUUCUUCACGAUGAAUUCUGUGAUCUGAACUGAAAGCCAGAGGGAUUUUGCUCUUUUUAUGGGUUCCUCAUUACCCAUGUUUUUGCUUGACUGGAUUUUUUUCCAAUAGUUUUUCGAACAAAAUUUGAGUGAAACUUUUUGUUGGUAAACUGUUUUAAGAAGUCACUUGGGUGAGGUAUUUUCACACUAUGGCUACUAUCUACUAUUGUACCAUUGUAACUCCUGUAGAUUUCUUAACCCUAUUGAUGUCACACAGCAAAACGUAGCUGUAGAGCGGAGUCAAUUUUGUAUCUAUUAUUUUAGCUUUCUCGUAUGUAUUAUACAGGUAUUGAAGUAUCCCGAUUUCAGAAUACAUAUUUUGUUAAAACAAAUUGUACAUAUUUAAAUAUGUAUUUUUGCACAGGCAUUUUUUUCUUAUACAAUUUUGGUACAAUUGAGAUCAUCAUUAUUUAUUUAUUUAGUAAAUGAAUAACAAGACUUUAUUGUUUUGAAGUGGUUCACUGCCAAGCCAAUAACGCAAUAUGCCUAUAACAAACACAUAGGACAUCUCUUAAAACACGCACUUGGAUCCUUGAAAGGUGAAGUGUUGUCACUGAAGUGCAGCUUAUGGGAUAGCAAAUGCAUUUUAAUUGUGGAAGGUCUUUUUAUCAUGUUUGCAUGUUGCUUCUGAUACACUGAAAUAUUCGAUCCAAUGUGACCAACUCAGCCUCUGGAAUGUCCUACUCGCAAGAUAUGUUGUACAAAAUUUGGUUUCUAAUAAUUAGGAGAAAUUGUAUGGGUGGUGUCUUGAAAUUUAUUUUUUUGGCAACACUUUCCCUUUAAGGUCUUGGGAAUAGGGCAAUUACAAGAUGGAGGAAAAAAAUAACACUUUAAAAUACCUUGCAGCUGCUUGAAUCGUCGUUGCCAAAAUUUUAAUUUGAAACACUGCUUUUAACUGUAUUUAAUUUGCAGGUUUUAGGAAAUUAUGAAAAAAGUGCCUGAAUUAGUUACACACUAUGACUGUUUAAGGACCGCUCUUGGUUUGUUUUAUGUGACUUGAAUGUUUAAAAUGGAUUAGGAGCUUGCUUUUUACACUUGCAGUUGGGUCCUAGAUUGUGGUAAAAAUCUUGAUGUCGGCUAGCUUAAAUUACAGGCGCUUGUUGUACAGACCUGACUAGUCUAGUUUUGAGAAACCUGGGUAAUAUUCUUAUUUCUUCUGUUAAAUCUGGUAUUGAUAUUGACUACUGUUGAACUGUAAUCCAGGUUUCUUCCCAAAUUGCUAUACGUUACCCGAGUGUUUAAAGGUUCUCUGGUCUGUUGAUUAGAACAAAAUAUUUGUAGGGAACAAUGUGAAGACAUUUGGUUUUCCCUUUACAGUCAAACUCCUGCGGCAAUUCCGCAUACAUUUCCACAAACUAUACAAAGAUACUGUUUAAUUAAGCACUACAGGUGUGUAAUGUGAAUCAGACAGAAAGCAGCUUGCCUAUGGGGAAUGGUUAUACAUGCAAACUCCUUUGUAAAAGCGUGUAGUUUUUUUUUUUUUGUAUACAUAAUCAAAUGCAUUUGAUCAGCUGGACUUUUUGUUGGCUGCUAUGUAAUUCAUGAACAAAUGUAGUAGGACAUUAGGAAAUUUACUUAAUAUUUAAAGAAAAAGAUUGUAUAGUCUAUUUGUUUUGUAACAGGUUUCUGUAAAUAAAAAUAAUUUAUACAGUUAUUUAUACGGAAAA